AGAGCAGAGCGGAGCAGAGCAGAGCGGAGCGGAGCGGAGCAGAGCGGAGCGGAGCAGACGCCAGAGCGAGAGGGCGAGCGGGCGCAGCGGGACUGUAAAUUCUCAUCUUCCUGAUUCUUCCCUGUAAGAAUGACUACUACCAAGCUCACGGUUCUCCUGUUGUGCCUGUCUGUACUCUGGCACGACGCUACAGCAAGGCGCCCUCAACAAAUUCUACCUGCCAAAGGAAAUGGCAUCUUGUCCUGUCGUCCUGGAGUGGAGUUCCCACGAGACUGUGGAAAUCGGUGCCGCUGUGCUGAUAAUGGCCUUUCUGCCACUUGCACUGAAAUAUCUUGUCCCACAAAUCACAGGGAAUUUGAUGAAGCCAAUAGGCAAGUCUACAAAGAGUUAGACAUUAUAAGAGGCCAAGGAUCUGGACCAGUUUUCCAGUGUGAACCUUAUACUGAACGUAAAGUGAAUGAUGGAAACGGUACCUGUUACUGUGCAAAAAGUGGUCAUGCAGAAAUCUGCAGCAACCGUAUUGGUGAUCCUUGGGGAUUGAAACCAUAAAAAUAUACAUGAUCUCAUGUAUCAAUUUAACAUUUGAGUCUGAAAGAAAAUAAAUAUAAUAAUUGUUACAUAUGUUUUUAAACAAACCAUUGAAUUAAAAAUUUAUAUCCUUGGUAGUAUAUUUUUUGUUACUUUUCAAAAAGACAUAAGAUAAUUUAUUAUACUUAAUCAAUAAACAAUAUGCUUGAUAUGUUUAAGCAAAAAGAAAACAUUUAUGAAAAUGCUUUAUAUUUUUUAUUGAUGAAGAAGUAAAAGAAAAUGUACUGCAAUUUCUUACUAAAGAAUUGUUUAAGUGUUUUAUAGGUAGGAAAAAAUCGGAAGAGUUGAGAUAAAACUUGCUCUUAAAAUAAUUGGAAGAUUAUUUUUUUUUCCUUUUGAAACAAUAUAUGCAACUCUAAUGAAAAAGAAAAUCUUUGCAAAACAAUCAUAUUACUGUAUGUCUCAUGUUUUUUGAAUGCAAUAAUUAAUCUUUUCCUUGUACAAAAGGAGAAUUUUACUGUUUGACUUGUAGAAUCUGAUAAUAGUUUGACCUUGGAAUUACAAUACGAGCCCCUCUGUUUAACUUCAAUCUGUAUACUCAGCAUGGUAUCCAUUUGUAUAAUUAAUAAGUCAAUUUGAAUCAUUAAAAUUACAUAAAAAUAAAAUCAUGUACAUACCACAGUUCUGGUUAAUGUUCUAAGCAUAAACUGGUUGUAAUGAUUUUGGGCUUUUCAAGGCCUUCAGGCCAAAGGCCCUUGGGCUUUUUGUUGCUGCUCAAUCAUUAGAACCCUUAUAAUGUCCUUGAUGCAUAAAUAAAUAAAACUUUCACUUCCACUUUGAAAAAGGAGCUGAAAAUAUUUGAGACAAUCUGCACAACAAUAAAAUGAUAUCUAUUAAAUGAAAGUAAAAACUAGUGGUGCUGCAACACAUACUUUCUCUCAUUAAUUCUAAAUUUGCAGAUUUUCAGAAAUUCAGAGAGAUCAAUGAAAAUGUCAUUUGUGCCAUUCUUCUAAGCAUACCUUGUUCUAUCCAUGGAAAAAUAUGAAGAAAAACCUCAAAGCGUUUUUUGAGAAAAUGUUUUUGUUUUAUAAAUUGCUUAAAAUUCAAACACAAAUUAUGCUAAAGUACUAGUAUUUUCAAAAAAUCGUUAAGGACUUUUUUAGAGAGCUGGUUGUUUAGAACAGUAUUUGUUUCAGGCAAAAUCUUUAUCUUCAAUUUUGUAGUUUUGAAAUGUUAAAUUUUUGCAAUUUUCUAAAAUACCGAGUUUGCCAGAAAUGAAACCAGCAUCACCUGUUUAAUGCCUUUUGAUGGAUAUGAGAAAGACAUUUUUUUUAUUUUCAUCAUUUUUGAGAAAAAAAUUGUUUAAAAAAUCAAAAAUUUCUUGCAAAAUUGUAUGUGACCUUUUCUCAAGAUCUAUCUUUACAGAACUUCAUAUUCUGAAUUCUUAUUUUUAUAAUUUCUUAAUAAUUUAAUUUAAUUUAAUUCGCUAUUUUCAAGCACACGAUUACAAUAUUUUCUCUUCUUACUAAGGGUGAGAAAGUAAAAAAUACAAGACAUGUCAACAAGUAAAAGAAAAUUAGUUUUCUAUUCAUUCAUUCAUACAUACAUCUAUUCAUUUAUUUAUAGAGUCAAGUAAAUGGUCAGACAGAUGUAUAUACUGAUAAUAGGAGUUUGUAUCAAUGCAAAUAGAAGACAUUCAUUUGACUCCUCUAAUUAUAAAAAAUUACUAGUAAUACUCCACUUUUCCCAAGUAUUAAAAAGCAAUUUUCAAUAGAGUAUGCUCCUGAAAAUUAAUAAAUCUAUAGGAAGAAUGUUAGACACUGUUACAUUGAUUAACAUUUAAUUUUACUAACAUUACAUUUCUUUUUCCUCAUUGAACUGUUUCCCUCAUUGAACAUGUUUUAUGUAAGUCAAAAAUAAAAGACAAUUUAAUUGUAUUUACUGUUAUGAAUAUUGAAAGAGGUAUCUUUUGUUUCAAAGACAGAUAGAUAGAAUAUUAAGGUUAUCAGACACCUACAUUUUCCAGUUGCAGUUCUCAUAUUUACAGAUUUGCCCUGAGAUAAAAUCCAUCCUUGAAAUGUCCCCUCAUUUCAUUUAAUGUUCCUGAAUAUAUAUGUAUAAUCUUGUUGAAACAACUCUUAAAUCAUUCCUGUAUGGUACGAUUUCCAGGGUUUGUAGUGAAUUUGGUGAUGCUAUUUAACUUACGUUGGAAUGUUUUUUUAAUGAUGAAUAAUGUUAUAUCUAAGAUAAUACAUUAAAAUAAUUAUGUAAGUAUAAGUCAAAGACUUACUUUUUUUAUUCACAGGUUAAAUAGUAUAUCUGACUUCACUGAAAAAAUCUGGUACUAACCUUACAGUAUACAUCUUAGUAUUACUAAUCAUUCAUCCAAAUCAGGGACGGAAUCAGAAAGUAUUUCAAAUGGGGGCAACAGGUCCGACCUCCCCAUUCAAAACAAAUUAUAGUUUUAAAAUUCUUUGUUAAUAGUUGAAUUGAUAUAAAACAAAUACAUGUAUUUAUAAUGGAAAACCCUCUUUGGGUAAAAUGUGAUCAGUGUAGUAAUUGUUGUAAAUAAAUCGAGUAAAAUUAUCACAAAAAGUUGGCUUUAGGGGUCUCACGCUUUCCAGAUCUGCAAUUGGCCCAAUAUAUUUGAAAAUGAUGAAUAAAAAUUGUUUUGAAAUCAUGAAAAAACUGUUUUGAAUUCUGACUUUUCAUUGUAACUAUCAAUUUAAAGGUUACCUUAAAAAAUAUCAGGAUCAGUUAAAUCAGGUAACAGAGUUUGCAGUUAUACCUACUAAACACAUAUGACAUUUAACAUUAUUUGAAGAAACUAUAUUUUGAUCAAAAUAAGAAAAUAAUGCCGCACAUUUUUUGUAUCUGUGAAUUGUUUAAUGCAC